AUGAAGGCCGGAUGCUUGAGGAACCUGCUGCUGCUGCUGGCUGCCCUGGUUCUCGUGGCCAAGGCGAGCCAUUUCCAAAGGUGGGAAGGCUUUCAGGAGAAGCCCAUGAGCAAGCAAAACAUGAAUGCAACACUUGAUUUCUUAAUUCGGAGCUUCAACAAUGCCAGCAAUGACACGUACUUAUUUCGUGUUGACAAGCUACUUCGAUCUCAGAUGCAGUUGACGACAGGAGUGGAGUACAUGGUCACCAUGAAGAUUAGCCGGACCAAAUGCAAGAAGAAAAGCACGAGCAGUCAUGGCUGCCCCCUCCAGAGCAACAUGAAGCUACAAAAGAGUUUCAUUUGUGAUUUUUUGGUUUACACUGUGCCCUGGAUACACUAUUAUCAACUUUGGAACAAUUCCUGUCUGGAAGGUUAA